GGGGGUGCCCUCUUGCAAGAAUGUGUCAGUGUUUUUGUGAAUAAGCGUAAACUUAUAAAUUUGUCUGCUGAGAAAUUUCCACACCCUAACACAACACACGAUUGGCGAGAUUCUUUCUUCCCUCACUGUCUUCCUUCGUCAAUUCCUAAUUUAACAGAGGCAAGAGUUUCAAUCUGCCUACCUGAAGCACAUCCACAACCGCCUACUGCCAUCACUAAAUUCCAUGUUUCCUGGCUAUGGGCAGCAGUUGGGACCCUCGUCCAAGAAAACCAUGAACAGUGUCUAGGUUACAGCCAAGAAAACCAUGAACAGUGUCUAGGUUACAGCCAAGAAAACCAUGAACAGUGUCUAGGUUACAGCCAAGAAAACCAUGAACAGUGUCUAGGUUACAGCCAAGAAAACCAUGAACAGUGUCUAGGUUACAGCCAAGAAAACCAUGAACGGUGUCUAGGGUACAGCCAAGAAAACCAUGAACAGUGUCUAGGUUACAGCCAAGAAAACCAUGAACAGUGUCUAGGUUACAGCCAAGAAAACCAUGAACAGUGUCUAGGUUACAGCCAAGAAAACCAUGAACAGUGUCUAGGUUACAGCCAAGAAAACCAUGAACAGUGUCUAGGUUACAGCCAAGAAAACCAUGAACAGUGUCUAGGUUACAGCCAAGAAAACCAUGAACAGUGUCUAGGGUACAGCCAAGAAAACCAUGAACAUAAAACCAAGAACUCCAACCAAGAACAUAGUAUUGCGUACAGCCAAGAACACG